AUGCCCCGCGACCUCGAGUCCGAGAAGAUGACGCUCGCCGGCCUGCCGCCGCUGACCAAGAGCCCGGCCCAGGACGACCCGGGCGACAAGCUGAUGCACGACAUGCAGAAGGGCCGCCAGCGCGACGAGCUGCACCCGCUCGUGCAGACGCUCAAUCCCUCGUACACCGACGACUGCGUCAAGCUUGAGAACGCCGCCUUCCCCGAGGGCCAGCGCGGCAGCAGAGAGAAGUUCAUCUACCGCCUCACCAUCUGCGGCGAGCUCUGCCUCGGCCUGUUCACCACCUCGGAGAGCGCCCCGGGCCAUGUUGCCACCCAGAGCACCGAGCACAUUGUCGAGAGCGGCGCCCCGGCCCGCAAGGAGUUCCUGCUGGCCAUGGUCUCCGCCACCAAGACGCGCAACGAGUUCAUCUCGGACGACGACAUGAAUGUGCCGCCUGACUGGCGCGACCAGCCCUACCCCUCCAACGCCACGGUUGGCCACCAGGAAGACGGCCGCACCAUCGCCAUCCACUCGCUCGCCGUCGAGCCUGAGGUCCAGGGCCGCGGUCUCGGCAAGACGCUGCUCAAGGCCUACAUCCAGCGCAUGCAGAACAGCGGCAUUGCCGACCGCAUCUCGAUUCUGACGUACGAGAGGCUGGUCUCCUUCUACGAGUCGGUGGGCUUCGUGAACCGCGGACCCAGCGAGGUGCAGUACGGCGGUGGAGGCUGGGUCAACAUGGUCUUGGACUUUCCGGAAACCCCCAACGGCCCGAAUAAGGUCGGCGAGUAG